GAGUCCAGAGGAAGGUGGAAGAGAGAGCACUACAAGUCUAUGAGGAGUCUGAGCACUACUAACAAUGGCACUGCACAAAGACUCCUAUGUUGUACUCAGUGAUGGGCACAAAAUGCCAGUGAUUGGAUUUGGAACAUUUGCCCCACAGAAGGUCCCCAAGAACCUGGCCGAGGAGGGCGUCAAAGUGGCCAUCGACGUUGGAUACCGCCAUAUUGACUGUGCUUUUAUCUACGGGAACGAGGUGGAGGUUGGACGGGCGAUAAGAGCAAAGAUUGCCGAUGGUACAGUGGAGAGGGAGGACCUGUUUUACACUGGGAAGCUCUGGUCCACGUUCCAAGUCCCUGAGAAGGUCCGUCCAGCCCUGGAGAAAUCUCUGAAAGAUCUUCAGUUGGAUUACAUGGAUCUUUUCAUCAUCCACAGCCCAAUAGAGUUCAAGCCUGGAGAUGACCCCUUUCCAUUGGAUGAAACUGGGAAAUUUAUUUACCAUAACACAGACAUUCGAGAUACAUGGAAGGCUCUGGAAGAGUGCAAAGACGCCGGGCUGGUCAGAUCCAUCGGGGUGUCCAAUUUUAACCACAAGCAGCUGGAGCUGAUCCUCAAUAUGCCUGGCCUGAAAUAUAAACCCGUCUGUAACCAGGUGGAAUGUCACAUCUUACUGAACCAGAGCAAACUGCUGGAGUUCUGCAAGUCCAAGGACAUUGUGCUGGUGGGAUACAGUGUAUUGGGGUCCAGCAGAGAUGAGCGAUGGAUAGAUCAGAAUUCUCCUGUGCUUCUGGAAGACCCCGUGUUGAAUGCAGUCGCUAAGAAGCACAAUCGGACCCCCGCUCAGGUAGCAAUGCGGUACCUGCUCCAACGAGGAGUUGUCGUUCUCGCAAAGAGCUAUACCCCUGCCAGGAUCCAGCAGAACUUCCAGGUUUUCGACUUUCACUUGGACAAUGAAGACAUGAGAAGCCUUGAUGGACUAAACAGAAACCUGCGUUAUGUUGACUCAACCAGGUGGUUGGAUCACCCGAAAUAUCCGUUCCAUGAGGACUACUGACUCUCCCACUGACAGAUACAGACGUCUUUGCAUUGAGAAGAAGGUCUACAUUUGCGGUUGAUAGGCCAGAACUCUAUGGUUUCUUCUCAUUGUAUGUCAUGAACAGCCCUCUCCCCGUUGCCUGGAAAUGAGACAAUAAAGAGAAAAUAUCAGUCUCCAAGUCUAGUAUUGGAGAUUUACGUGCGGCUGCUGAAUCCGUUCUGUUAGAAACAAAUGUCCAGGUUUAAUAAAAUGUAUCA